CGGCCGCCGCCCCCGGGCCCCGCCGCCAGCAUGUCGGGGGUGCGCGCCGUGCGCAUCAGCAUCGAGUCGGCCUGCGAGAAGCAGGUGCAGGAGGUGGGGCUGGACGGCACCGAGACCUACCUGCAGCCGCUGUCCAUGUCGCAGAACCUGGCGCGCCUGGCGCAGCGCAUCGACUUCAGCCAGGGCUCGGGCUCCGAGGAGGAGGAGGCGGCGGGCGCCGAGGGCGACGCGCAGGACUGGGCGGGCGCCGACCCCGACGACGACGAGGGGCUGGUGAAAUUCCAGCCUUCCCUCUGGCCGUGGGACUCGGUGAGGAACAGCCUGAGGAGCGCCCUGACAGAGACGUGCGUGCUCUACGAUGUCCUCAGCAUCGUCAGGGAGAAGAAGUUUAUGACUCUUGACCCUGUCUCUCAGGACACGCUUCCUCCCAAACAGAGCCCUCAGACCCUGCAGCUGAUCUCGAAGAAGAAGUCCCUGGCAGGGGCGGCGCAGAUCCUGCUGAAGGGGGCGGAGCGGCUGACCAAGUCAGUCGCCGAGAACCAGGAGAACAAGCUGCAGAGGGACUUCAACUCAGAGCUGCUGAGGCUGCGGCAGCACUGGAAGCUGAGAAAAGUUGGAGACAAGAUCCUUGGUGACCUGAGCUACAGAAGCGCAGGCUCUCUCUUUCCCCAUCAAGGCACGUUUGAGGUGAUAAAGAACACAGACAUAGACCUGGACAAGAAGAUCCCCGAGGAUUACUGUCCCCUGGACGUCCAGAUCCCCAGUGACCUGGAGGGCUCUGCCUACAUCAAGGUCUCCAUUCAGAAGCAGGCCCCAGACAUCGGCGACCUGGGCACAGUGAACCUCUUCAGGCGACCUUUGCCCAAGUCAAAGCCAGGCUCCCCGCACUGGCAGACCAAGUUGGAAGCGGCACAGAACGUUCUCUUGUGUAAGGAGAUUUUCGCCCAGCUCUCUCGGGAGGCCGUUCAGAUCAAGUCACAGAUCCCGCACAUCGUGGUGAAAAACCAGAUCCUCUCCCAGCCCUUUCCAAACCUGCAGCUGUCCAUCUCGUUGUGCCACUCCUCCGGUGACAAGAAGGCCCAGCGCUGCACCGCCGAGAAGCAGGGGCCCGAGGACCACCUGUACGUCCUGGAGCACAGCCUGCAUCUGCUCAUCCGAGAGUUCCACAAGCAGACGCUGAGCCCCGUGGUGAUGCCGCACCCCGCCAGUGCGCCUUUUGGCCACAAGAGAAUGAGACUUUCAGGUCCUCAAGCUUUCGAUAAAAAUGAAAUUAAUUCACUACAGUCUAACGAGGGGCUUCUGGAAAAAAUCAUCAAGCAGGCGAAGCACAUCUUCCUGAGGAGCAGAGCUGCUGCGACCAUCGACAGCCUGGCGGGCCGCAUCGAGGACCCCCAGAUCCAGGCACACUGGUCCAGCAUCAACGACGUUUGCGAGUCCAGCGUCAAGGUCUUGAUCACGUCGCAGGGCUACGAGCAGAUCUGCAAGUCCAUCCAGCUGCAGCUCAACAUCGGCGUGGAGCAGAUCCGGGUCGUGCACAGAGAUGGGCGGGUGAUCGCGCUGUCGCACCGGGAGCAGGAGCUGCAGGACUUCUUGCUGUCCCAGAUGUCACAGCACCAGGUGCAUGCGGUGCAGCAGCUGGCCAAGGUCAUGGGCUGGCAGGUCCUGAGCUUCAGCAACCACGUGGGCCUGGGGCCCGUCGAGAGCAUUGGCAACGCGUCCGCCAUCACCGUGGCCUCCCCGAGCGGUCACUAUGCCAUCUCAGUUCGAAAUGGCCCUGAAAGUGGCAGCAAGAUCAUGGUGCAGUUUCCCCGAAACCAGUGCAAAGACCUCCCGAAGAGCGACGUCCUGCAGGAUGGCAAGUGGAGCCACCUGCGGGGGCCCUUCAGGGAGGUGCAGUGGAGCCGGAUGGAGGGCCGCAACUUCGUCUGCAAGAUGGAGCUGCUCAUGUCCGCCCUCAGCCCCUGCCUGCUCUGACCGGCGCCCGCCUCGCUUCCUGGGUUUCUUUCCAGAGAAACUUCUGGAAACUGGCUUGACCUGAUUGCUCGCCCACCGCAAGCACGAGGAGGAGGGCCCUUCCAAAGGCAGGCUGGGAAGCAACAGCAGGCGUCUGCCGGCGGUGUGAAGCGCUCGCUCUGCGGGUGACAGCGUGGGAAGCAGGAGUGGGGCGCAGGCCCCGUGCGGCCCGAGGGCGUGACUCUGCCGUCAGCCCUGGGGGUGACUCGGCCGUGCGUUCGGAUUUGCUUUUUCAAAUGCGCCUUUGUCGGCGUGUAAUAAAGCGAAUAAAGCGCGCGGCGGCCAGCUCCAGGCCCCGUGCCGCCGAGGCCGGCAGCCCCUUUCCUCACCUCUCGUG